AUGGAGAGAUACAAGGAAAGAAAAAUCCCUAUUGACAUGUUUGAGUUUUGGAUGUUUCCGUUGAAGUCUCCUUCUCGUGAAGUUUUCCCUCUGAUUGAUAAGUGGAUUGACACCGCCCUUCAGAAUGGUGUAAAAGAUCUAGUUUAUAGAUAUAUUAGCUCCUCGAAUCCGUUGUACCCGGUGCCUAUUUUCACUAUCUUGGCAUCCAAGUCGUUAAUAAAAUUGGUGUUGGCACGUUGUGAUCUAAGGCAUCUUGCAUUGCCUAGUGGGGUGGUGAAGUGUGAUUCUUUGAGAGAGCUUUCUGUAUCUGUUGUCCGUUUAGACGAGAACAUGCUUCAGACUCUGCUGGCUAGUUGUCCCUUGAUUGAAAAUUUCAUCAUUGAGCUUUGUACUGAGUUGAAAAAGAUUGAGUUGUUGAAUCUUCAAAAGAUCAAGUCAGUUUCUAUUUGGAUAAGACGCGACCAACACGUUAAAAUCCAAGCACCAACUCUUGAACACUUGUCAUAUUUUGGUGAUUUGAAAGAGUCUACUGUGUUGGAUGUUGUUGAAUGUCAGAAUCUAAAAUCUUUAAAGCUGUCACAUGCGAGAAUAUCUGGAGUUCUCGAGCACCUUAUUUCUAGAUCUAAAUUCCUUGAGAGUUUGACAUUAGAUCGCGUUUCUAAAGGGUUGGGAAGGUUUAACAUUUGCGAGAAACUACUCUUAAAGGACUUGAAGAUUAAGCGUUGUGAGGGAAUAGGGGAGCUUGAUGCUCCGAAUUUGGUAUCUCUUGAGUAUGUGGGGUCUCAGAUUCCUGAACUUGAAAUUGCAAAAAAGUCAAGCCAAUUGAAGCACACAAAGAUCGUUCUUUAUAAUUGGAACAAUUUAAAUGUUGCAUGGUUUCGUAAGUUUAGGAAUUUUCUAUCAAAUUGGACCUCCUGUUCUAAAGUUUCCCUUUGUUUUUCCAAAUGCAAUGAGAUCAACAGCAAAGAAUUGCAACUGCACCAUGGAAUUGCUACCCCUCAAGUGGACGUUUUGGAAAUAGAUUUUAAAAGGUCGUCCAGGGAGUGCCCAACAUUUGUGGAUGCUUUGUUAUGGAGUUGUCAUCCUAGGAAACUCGAACUAAUAUCAAUUGGCAAAAUGACUACAUGUUUCAUCGAUCGUUUAAUGUAUAUAAAGAGUUCGGGUGGUUAUACUUCUCAUGGAAGCAAGCCUUGGCAUAGCCAAUUGAAAGAAGUAAAAGCCUACACAUUUGAUCAGAAAAAUAAGCAGCGUGUGGAACUCAGAAGUGAAGAUCUGGCAAUAAGGAACCGUACGGAGAGGGUGAAAGUUUAUUUUUUAUUAGAUUGGUGA